AUGGCCAACGUCAAUAAGCCAGUCGAUCUCAAGAAGAAGGAGGAGGAUGUCAACAGGAAGCUCCAGUUUUACGGCAUCAUCAGCGCAUUCCAGAACGGCAAGGUCCCUUCGAAUGAUCAGAUCGAUGUUGCUCUGAACAGCUUUUUGGCGUCCAGGGCUCUCGCCUCACCUUCUCAGAAGCUCUCCUCAGAAGGCCGAGACCUAGUAGCUGAUGUCCAAGACGUCGUGAAGCAGGCGAAGCAUCUGUUGCUCUCCAAGAAUGAGGGCAAUCUUCUACAGGACUUCAUCUGGCAGACCCAGCAAUUUGAGCCUAGCGCUAUCAACACGCCCAAUGCCCCAGUCGAUAAGGAAACUGCGAAACAGCACGGCAACCAGGCUCUGGAGGGUUUGAGAACCCUGGGUACUUUGAUCAUCACCAACGGCCAGUUCCGCAAACUUCUCCAAGAUAGCGUCACUCUACUUCGUGAUGUGGCUGCUGAUGCUGCUACUAACGCUGCCGGUAAGGUCCGUCCUGCUGACGAGGAUCUAUCUAAGAUCGACCACCCGGCUCCUGACAACACAUGGCAUGACACCCCUGAUUUCUCCAAGGAGAACUUGAAGAAGCAAGCCCAGGGAGUGUACAAGGGCAACAACCCGAAGGACGAUCUCCGCGAUGCCGCUGGCAACGCUACUCAGGCUGCUCACCCCAGCGGCUCUAACGACCCCCAUGAUCUUGCUGCCACAGCGGCUCAGGAUCGUGCCCAGGGCACCCAAUCUGGCGUUGACGCUCGCUCUGGUCUCUCCGCUGCGAAGAAUACCCUCCAGCAGCGUGUAGACGCCAACGUUGACGAUGACACCAAGGAAUCUGCCAAGCAGAGCGCGGAGGAAUAUCGCCGUCGCACUAAGGAGUACCUCAAGAAGAAGAUGCCCGAGGAGCGCCGCGAACAGACUAUUUGGCGCCUCAAGAAGAUGGUGAUCGAAUGCCAGCAACACCCCGACUAUCAGCAGGCUAUCUCCACUCUGCUCGACCUUGCUGAGGAAUAUGGAAGCCACGCUAAGCACGUUACGCGUGGUGGCACUGGCACUGUGCAACAAACUCGCACACACCUCCAGCAGGCCGAGGAUGACCUGAAGACCUUGAUUGAGCGAUUCGCCAACGGAACCUCCAGCGACGACUUGUGGGACUCCAUCAACCAGAUCUACAAGGAUGCUGAUAACGACCCGGAACUGAAGGAUUGGUUCAAGGCUCUAGACCGUUAUGUCCGCCGCUCUCUCCAGCAGCAGGGUUAUAUCCUUGAGGACGAGUCUACCAGGGAGUGGGAUCGUCUCUAUGACCACGGCAACUACCUCCUUCGCGAGAAGUAUCGAUCGCACACCGACCGCAUUGUCGACGAGAUCAAGUUCCUGGCCGACCAGUUCGACCAAGACGCCCAGAACAAGCGCUUUGCUCAGUCCGUGACGAAGCUGUUCAAUGACCUUGGCAACGAUGAGAAUGGCAAGGCUACAUUCAAGCCACACUUGAUCAAGGAUCUGACUGACGUCAUUAUCCCUGCUAUUCUUGAGAAUGUUUCUUACGUCCCUGUUCCUCGCAUUGAGUACACAGAUCCUGAGGUUGACGCUGUUAUUGAGAACCUCGUCCUCGAGAGUGACAACUUUGCUCCAAAUGUCCUCGAGAUCUCAAGCGAGAACUACCUGCGCUGGGGCCGCAAGAAGAUCGCCAACAAGAGCAAGCAUGCCUUUGAAGUUAAGGUCGCCGGCAUCCAGAUGGACUUGCGCGAUGUUUCUUACCACAUCAAGCGCAAGCAGGGCUUCCCAACCAUUACCGACACUGGAGUCGUGGACAUUCUCCUGCCCGGCGAUGGCUUCAGCUUCAAGCUUAAGUUGUCGACUGCUGAUGCUAAGGACAAGCAGAACUUCUUCAAGGUUGAUAAAUUGGAUGUUGACAUCAAGCACCUCAAGAUCAAGGUGAAGAAGUCCAACCACAAGCUACUCUUCUCUCUCUUCAAGGGUAUUGCCCUAAAGGCCAUGCGGCCCGCCAUUCAGAAGGCCGCUGAGAAGGCGAUCAAGGACAACUUCAACAAGCUUGACGCCCUGCUCUGGCAGGUCAAGCAGGAGGCUGACCGUGCUCUCGACGAGGCCAAGUCAGAUCCCGAGAAUGUUCCCAACAUCUACAGCCGCUAUGUCUCUGCUGCCCAGAAGCAGAUUCUGCAGGGUAAGAAGAAGGCUGAGGCUGUCGCUGCCGACAAGAAGGCCAAUGUCGCCAUCACCAAGGAGGACAGCAUCUUCCCUAACAUCCACCUUCCUGGUGGCAUCAGCUCCAAGGCUACCGAGUACAAGGAGCUGGCCCGCAAGGGAGACAAGUGGGAGAGCCCGGUGUUCUCUAUUGGUGCCGCUUCCAAGAGCAAUGAUAUUCCAGCAGCACCCAAGGUGGAACGCAAGUCCCACGCUGUGAACGGCGCUAAGAAGGCUGCUACCAACGGCGGCUACACAAAUGGAGGCAGCAACCUCAACCCAAACACCACCAAUCCUGCUGCGACUGCAUACUAA